UGGGUUGUAGCGAUCGAGGUGUUGGUCACCCGGGAGCGAAAUAAAAAUGGGUGAUGUUGAAAAAGGCAAGAAGAUUUUUGUUCAGAAGUGUGCCCAGUGCCACUCUGUGGAAAAGGGAGGCAAGCAUAAGACUGGACCAAACCUCCAUGGUCUGUUUGGGAGGAAGACUGGUCAGGUCGCUGGAUUCUCGUACACAGAUGCCAAGAAGAACAAAGGCAUCACCUGGGGAGAGGACAGCCUGAUGGAAUAUUUGGAGAAUCCCAAAAAGUACAUCCCUGGAACAAAAAUGAUCUUCACUGAAAUUAAGAAGAAGAGAAAGGGCAGAUCUAAUAGCUUAUCUUAAAAAGGCUACUAAUGAGUAAUUCCACUGCCUUAUUUAUUACAAAACAAAUGUCUCAUGGCUUUUAAUGUGUACCAUAAUUUAAUUCAUACAUCAAAAUUCAGAUCAUGAAUGGCUAACAAUGUUUUUGUUGGGAUGGUCCUGAUUUAAGUAAAAAUGACUUAUAGUAAAGUG